AUGUGGAUUGUGGCUGCGUGCGUCCGCACAGCACCACGAGUCGCUCCCGCCUCUCUGCUGCGCAGGCUCGCUUCCGCAGGGAGCACCCCAGACUUUCCCCCUCCGCCUCUCCGCGGCCUCGCUGUCGCCGUGGGCAGCCGACGAGGCUUCGGCGGUAGGUCGAAGGACGGCGAGGAGGGGAGUGGGGAUGCGGUGGAGCGCGUAGAGGGAGAGUCGGUGCCAGGGCAAACUUCAUGGGGCAGCCGCAAGUGGCGCAAAGAGGGGCAGCAGGAACAACAACAACAGCGCGCUGCGACAGACGCCAUAGCGCAGCUUUUUCAGGACAGCGCACAGCGAAAGGCAUUUCAGCAGGCGCCGGGCAGAACGCUUUCUGCGCAGACCACCACCACCGUCAUCACAACUACGCCUGAGGAGGACGAAGUGGGCAGUUUGCAGAAUCUCUUGGGAGGUGAAGGAGCAUCCUCUUCUCUUGUUGGGGUGGAAGCCGUGGAGCAGGAGUUGUUGGAUGAUGCCUUUUUGUAUUUCCCUCCUGCAAGUCGUGCGGACGGGCACGCAGAAACAGUGGCAGCCGGAGAUGCGUACGUUCCAGGCCAGCAGAUCAUUCCGCCGGGAAGCACGCGUUAUCGUGUCGACGUGCAGUAUCAAGGCAGCGACUUUGAUGGGUGGUGGAAAAGCACCUCACGCCAGUUGUAUCGACGGGAAACAGCACCAGACGGAACUAUUCGGCGUGUCCCUCUUACGGCGGAGGCCAACGACCCAGCAAACUCUUCCGCGGAGAAAACAAUGGGCAGUCGAUAUCAUGCUCGAACCGUCCUGGAGGAGGCACUGGCAGUGGCGCUCGACGUGCACAGUGUCAAGGUGGUUGCAGGUGUUAUUCCCGAAGCCGGGGUGUCCGUUCGGCGUCUCUGCUGUCACUUAGAUGUGCCGAGUCACAUUGAAUUACAACCACGCACAAUCAUUCAGCGAGCCACGAUGUGGUUAGAGAAGCGGCAGCAACCGCUUGCUAUCCUUAGCUGUCAGCGGUGCAAAAACCAAGAUUUUCAUGCACGCCAUAGCGGCCUGAGGCGCGUGUAUGUGUACCGCAUUCUUAAUCGCGUCGCACCGCCGCUUUUUGAUGCCGGUUUGCAGUGGCACGUGGACCGUCACUUGGAUGUUCCCCGCAUGCAACGCUUCUCCAAGGCGUUGGAGGGAACGAAAGAUUUUGGCUACUUUGCAGAUCCCAAGAUGGCCAAUGCCCUUCGUCGAGCGGCACUCAGUCCCUCUGGACUGUCUACGGGAGCUGUCUUGGAUGAGCAUUACCAACCGACUGCCACCGGCGAGUCGCCGCGAGCCACACGCGGGAAGGCGCCGAAGGUGAUGAUAGAAAAAGGUUCCAGCAACUUGGCACGCGCGGCUGCACUUCCAACGUUCAACGAGUAUGGUCAGCGUGUUGUGCAGCCGGGUGCCCAUGCCAAGGAGUACUAUCGUGCUUCCACCAACCUGCCGACAGUCCGCACCAUUGACCGCCUGGAGGUGGUACGGCAAGAUGACGAGGUACUGAUUUGGUUCGUUGGCAAGUCUUUUCUGCGCCACCAGAUCCGCAACAUGGUGAGUCUCUUGAAGGCGGCCGGUCACGGUCUUUGGGAUGAGCUUGAGCUACAACAGGCCCUGCAGAGCGGCUUUGAACCGUCGCGGCAUCGGUUCAAGCGGGAGCGAUUCCCGCCCGCCCCGGUUUACGGACUGACACUCUGGGACGUUGAGUACCCGGCGCAGCACCGUGACGAUUACGUGUCGUACGUUGACUCCGGGCCGUACGAGGAGGUUAACAUCGCGCGUGACAUCUGA